GAAAGGGCCGGAGAGAGAGAUACGGCCCACUGUUGCUAUUGGAUUAUAGAAGGGAUUUUCAAUUUGCAUUAAUCUGUGAGGCAACAGACAGUACAACAACCAUUCAAUCUCAGCGCUCUUUGUGCCUGGACGCUCACACGUACACACCUCUCAAAAACUGCAUGAAGACGACAUUUUACGAUUUUUGGACCAUGAACCUCUUCUGCUUUACUCUGGAUGGCUCCACAGACAGUCUGUACGAGCCCACCCAAAGUGUCCAGAAGAGCCAAGACCCUGGCAGGUUACCCAGAAUGCCUUGCAGCCCCAGCUCCAUAAAGAAUAAGGCCGUGUGGAGCGGUUCAGAGCCCUGUAUCGCCGUGGUUAGCGCAAGCACAUGCAGAGAAGCCCAGAAGCCUUCAAAGACUCACGUAAAUAAAAUCCACUUGGAAAAAUCAAAGAGAAAGUCCCAGAUAAUAACAGCAUCUGAAGAUGAAGCAACAGAUCAUGCAGGGUCUGAUACCCACUGUCGGACCAACAAGACAAAAGAUGGAUGGGUACACGGCAAGAACGAUUCCAACACAGAGGCGGUCAAAGAUCAGCGCCGGUCAAAAUUAUUCACAAAGGACGAGAAAGAUGAAAGAGUGUGUUCGGAGAAAACUGUGAAAGAUACCUCUGUUCAGGGUGUGAAUUUUGAAGCCUGGAAUCCUAAUAGAGAAAACUGUGAUGGCAGGCAGCAAGACACAAGGGCAGAAGGAGAGGAGGAGGGGCAGGGCACGCUCAAGAGAAUCCAGAAACUGGUGGGAGUAAAGAAGGGGACACAAAGCGGCAUAGAGGAGUCAAGGAACAGCACAGACACUAGAAGUCACAUGACAAAAUCCAACGGUAAACACCACAGUCCCAUCAUAACCUGCAUCAGCCUGACCAAAAAAACUGAGAAAAAGCACACAAAAGGUUCCACACGACAACCACAGCAAUCCCAGAAUUCUCUGCAGCGGAAGGAGGUGGAUACAAUAGAAACAGAAGCCCCCUGGAGUCCAGGCCUCUUUCAGGAAUCCUGGAGUCCCAUGAUCUAUUCUCCAGCCUGGGACACAUCCACUCACACCUGCCACAGGUCAACGGCCAAACAGGUCAUGUACAACUUCGACUUCACCCUUCCCAGAGACACAGACUGGGAGAAAUACGAGGAGCUCUUCCACCGACUGGACCCCUACAAACGAGACCAGCAGGCCAGAUGGAUUACUCACUCUGUCAUGGAUCUGGACGUGCCCGAUCACAUGCGCUCCACCAGUUUUGGGAUUUUUGACAGGCAGCAGCCCACAGAGGUCAAAGCAGAAGAUAAGAAAGAUAGUUUGCCUGUGGAAACAGAAUCACCUGAGGUGGACUCGAGUAAAACAGGUGGUCUUGGAAAGAAGAUGAAGACUAUCUCUCUGACCAUGCGUAAAAAGAUGGGCAGGAAAUAUACUAAAGCCCUUUCGGAGGAAGCGGGGGAGGAGUCUGCGCCAGGUGAGGAGGGAAACGGAAGCGCUUUGGCGAAAGACUGCAGCCAAUCCAGUAACUCCGUGGAGAGUUUGUUCAGUUUGCACAGCGGACAGAGUUCGUCCAGUGGCGUAACCAGCAGCUCAGAUGGCUACAGUAAUAGGGACAGUCUGCGUCUAGAAGAUGAUGUACCCUACACGGGCCAGUACUGUGGGAGAGCAAAGGUCCAUACAAACUUUGUCCCCAGUCCGUAUGACACAGAGUCUCUCAAACUUAAGGUGGGAGAUGUUAUUGAUAUAAUUAGUAAACCUUCUAUGGGAAUAUGGACUGGGAUGUUGAACGGCAAAGUGGGAAGUUUUAAGUUCAUCUACGUUGAUGUGCUGGUGGAGGAAAGUGCGCCCGAACCGAGAAUUCGUUCUCACAGGAGGAGCAGAAGACCUCGACCCAAAACCCUGCAGGAACUUCUAGAAAGACUCAACCUAGAGGAGCACAUCUCAUCUCUGCUGUUGAACGGUUAUCAGACGGUGGAAGAUCUCAAAGAUCUUAAGGAGCAACAUCUUAUCGAGCUGAACGUGACUGACCCUGAACACAGACACAGACUGUUGGCGGCAGCUGAAAACCUACAGGACACAGAAUAUAAUAAUCAGAAUCCUGGACAAACAGAUGAGGAACCCAAAUCUACUACUGAACAAAUUAAAGCAGAGCUGAACGACUGUCCCAGAGACUCUGGCUGUUACAUCGGAUCAGACUGUUCAGAUAACAGUAAAGAGGACACAGAAAACCAGCUGGCCCUUCACAGCCCACCUACAGCUGAACCAUAACCACAGCACCUCCGGACCGCUGUGGUUUUCUCCUCACCGGCAUCUGGCUGGUGCAAGAACACACGCUGGCUAAAAGUUAGUUUGGCUGGAGUUUUGUGUGUUUGUAAAUUCAGACCUGUAGCAUUAAAGUGUGUUUGUCCAUGUGGAUAUCAGGGACAUGGUUUGGAAACAUGAGUGUCAUUUUGUAGCUUUGAGCAGAUGUGAAAUGUAAAUAAACUGUAAAUAUGUGGGACAGAUGCAAGCUUUGCUUUUGUGAGACAUUUAAACUUUGCCUUGGAGAUGUAUAAAUAUCAUUAUACUUUAUGCAAUAAAUAUGUAAUAUCUUUACUUUAUGUCAUAC